AAAUUCAACAUGAAGUCUCUAAUUACCUCCUUUCUUCAUAUUUUUAUUGUCUUGUCGUUUGCAUGGGCAGCUUCUGCUCACAACCAUGAAUCUUUUCUCCACUGUCUUUCUCAUCAUUCUCCCAAUACCUCUUCCAUUUCAAAGAUUAUUUACACUCCAACAAAUCCUUCAUACUCUUCGGUUUUGAACUUCUCAAUUCACAACCUUAGAUUCACAUCUCCUAAAACCCCGAAACCUCACAUCAUCGUCACGCCGUUCCUUGUUUCUCAAAUUCAAGCAUCCAUCAUUUGUGCCAAAAAAACUGGCUUUCAAAUUCGAACAAGGAGCGGCGGUCAUGACUACGAGGGACUUUCUUAUGUCUCUGACGUCUCGUUUGUCGUUGUCGAUCUAAUAAACCUUCGGUCGAUUAGUGUUGAUGCGGAAAACAAUGUUGCAUGGGUGCAAUCUGGAGCUACCAUUGGCGAACUCUACUAUAGAAUUGCUGAGAAAAGCAAAACCCUAGGGUUCCCAGCUGGGGUUUGUCCUACUGUUGGUGUCGGUGGACACUUCAGUGGUGGCGGCUAUGGAUUGAUGCUACGUAAAUUCGGCCUUGCUGCUGAUAACGUGAUCGACGCUUACUUCAUUGACGUGAAUGGUAAGCUCCACGACCGAAAAUCAAUGGGGGAGGAUGUGUUUUGGGCCAUUAGAGGAGGUGGAGGAGCAAGCUUUGGAAUUGUUCUUGCAUGGAAAAUAAAGCUUCUCCCUGUUCCAUCAAUUGUGACUGUUUUCACAAUCACAAGAACUUUGGAACAAAACGCCACAGAUCUCAUUCACCGAUGGCAAUAUGUCUCUAGCAAACAAGAUGACAAACUUUUCAUCAGAAUCAUAUUAACUGGGAUAAACACAACAAAUUCUCAACAUGGAAAUAAAAGAACAAUAGAAGCUGCUUUCAACUCCUUGUUCCUUGGAAAAAUCGAAGAACUUGUUCCAAUAAUGGAAAAGACUUUCCCAGAACUAGGGUUAACAAAGGAAGAUUGCAUUGAAAUGAGUUGGAUUGAAUCCGUUCUCUACUUUGCUGGCUUCUCAAGAGGGCAACCAUUAAAUGUUCUUCUAGAUAGAAGACCAUUAACCCCCAAAAGAUUUUUCAAAGCCAAAUCAGACUAUGUAAAUGAGCCAAUCCCAAAAGCUGGCCUUGAGGGCAUAUGGGAAUUGUUUGAUGAAGAAGAAGCAGAAGCUGCAGUUUUGAUUUUGAGUCCUUAUGGUGGAAUAAUGGACAAGAUUUCAGAGUCAGAAAUUCCAUUCCCACACCGAGCUGGAAAUCUUUACAAGAUUCAGCAUUUGGUGUAUUGGGAUGAAGAAGGUGAAGAUAUUGCUAAAAGGCAUAUAAAUUGGAUCAGGAAACUUUAUAGUUACAUGGCUCCUUUUGUUUCAAAAAAUCCGAGAGCGGCAUAUAUCAAUUACAGAGACCUGGAUAUCGGAACAAAUGAGAAAAACGGUAGAAACACGAGCUACAACGAAGCAAGUGUGUGGGGAGUUAAGUAUUUCAAGGGUAAUUUCAAGAGGUUGGUGAGUGUAAAAACAAAGGUCGAUCCUUCUAAUUUCUUCAAGAAUGAGCAGAGCAUUCCUUCUCUUAAGCCAUGGUGGAAUAAGAGGGGAUACUAGAUGUGUUUUGAAAUAUAUAUUAUUGUGUGUUGAAGAAAGCCCCAAAUGAUUGGAUGUGUUUAACAAAGAAAAUAGAAGGGGGUUUCUACUUUGGUUUUAUACUUUGUACCUAAUUAAUAAAAGUGUUUCCUGUGUAUUAAACAUUUAUUUGAAA